GCGAGUGGGAAGUAACUCUCGGAUCGGAUGUGACGCAAGGAGGGCAGGGCUAUGCAGGCCGGAAGCCUGGCGGGCGGCGAAGAUGGCGGAGAGCAGUGGUCGCUCCGGCAAGAGCAGCGGGAGCGGCGCGGGGAAGGGGUCGGUAUCGGCCGAGCAGGUAAUUGCUGGCUUCAACCGCCUUCGGCAGGAACAGCGGGGCCUGGCAUCCAAAGCAGCUGAGCUGGAGAUGGAGUUGAAUGAGCACAGCCUAGUGAUCGACACGCUGAAGGAGGUAGAUGAAACUCGCAAGUGCUUCCGCAUGGUUGGAGGUGUGCUGGUGGAGCGGACUGUCAAAGAAGUGCUGCCUGCCUUGGAGAAUAACAAGGAGCAGAUACAGAAGAUCAUCGAAACACUGACCCAGCAACUUCAGGCAAAGGGAAAAGAACUCAAUGAAUUCCGGGAAAAGCACAACAUUCGUCUCAUGGGGGAAGAUGAGAAGCCAGCAGCCAAGGAAAACUCGGAAGGGGCUGGGGCUAAAGCCAGCUCAGCUGGAGUAUUGGUCUCCUAGGGACCCAGCCUCUGUAUUUUUUUUUUUUUUUGGUACUGGGGAUCGAACUAUGGACCUUUCGCUUGUGAGGCAGGCGGUGGCACCACUGAGCUAAAUCCCCGGCCCCUCUGUACUUUUUUCUACCCUGAUCCCCACUUCUGAUUUCUCUAUUAUUGUUAUUAUUAUUAUUAUUUUCUCUGCUAUUGUAAUAUUUUUUUGUUCUUGAUUAAAUGUUUUGGUCAGAAUGGUUA